GUUACUAUGAACUUUCUUAGUUCAUACGGGUCCAGCUGUUAGCCACGUGAUAAGUCAAUAGAGGCCAAUUGAAGUUUGCGUUGUUCAAAGUUGAACUCCUAAACCCCAAAAUCGAGAGACGCUGAUUCUCUCUCUUCUUUUCUACCUUCCUUUAUUGAAACAACAACGAAGAUUUCGUCCUGUAUAUAUAUCUCUCUCUAUAGAUCGUAUCCGCAUUUCUAAAACUAUCGGAUCCAGGGUUGCUGUUAUUCUGCUGAAGAAGAAAAGGUUAGUCAUGGCGUCGCAGCAGCACCUCGAGAAGAUGCAGCUACGCCAGAAUUACCGGAAUCUCUGGCACACCGAUCUCUUGAGAACCAUUCAGGUCGACGCUCCUUAUUGUUGCUUCGCGGUGUGGUGUGCGCCAUGUGUAUCAUACCUGCUUCGCAAACGAGCUCUUUAUGAUGAUAUGUCAAGAUACACAUGUUGUGCUGGUUACAUGCCCUGCAGUGGUAGGUGCGGAGAAAGUAAAUGUCCUGAAUUUUGCCUUUGCACCGAGGUUUUCUGCUGCUUUGGUAAUUCAGUGGCCUCAACUCGCUUUCUGUUGCAAGAUGAAUUUAACAUUCAAACAACACAAUGUGAUAAUUGCAUUAUUGGUUUCAUGUUUUGCCUCCAACAACUUGCAUGCAUAUGCUCUAUUAUUGCCUUAAUUGUGGGAAGUGAUGAAAUUCAAGAGGCUUCUCAGUUGCUAUCUUGUUUGGCUGACUUUGUGUACUGCUCGGUGUGUGCAUGCAUGCAGACUCAGCACAAGGUUGAAAUGGACAAGCGUGAUGGAAAGUUUGGACCCCAACCAACAAUGGCAGUGCCCCCUGUUCAGCAGAUGUCGCGCAUGGAUCAGCCAGUUCCUCCUCAGGUUGGGUAUGCACCACAACCAGCAUAUGGACAGCCCUAUGGUUAUCCACCCGCCCCACCGGCUUCUUAUGGCUAUCCUGCUCCUGGUUAUCCCCCUGCUGCUGCUUACCCACCCGCUGCUGGUUACCCAACUGCUGCUUAUCCUCCACCAGGAUAUCACCCUUCUGGCCCCAAUUGAUUGGUUCAUUAAUCAGUGUUUUCUUCAAGUUCGCACAAUCGCCCCAAUGACAGGCAGUCAUACGUGUGUGAUGAAAUGCUACAGCUAGAUUGAUUGAUUAUUUUGCAUUUGCCCCACAAGUUUUGUUUUCUGAUACGAGAUUAUAAUUCCAAUCGUGUUGUCCAUUCUGAUACUUCGUCUUCUAUUUGUAUAUUGGUCUUGUUGGUGUAGAUAUAUAGUUUUCCCUUUUUUCGUUUGUUAUGUGCAAUGUGGGGUAAUGUACUGUUCUAAAUAUUUCAAAACCCGUGAUUCAAUCAUGUGUUAUUGGCCACUUGAGCUGUUUGCCCACCAGUGCAUGAAAGCCCGUGUCGACAGACUGGAAUUAUACGUGUCUCACAAAGAUGUGUUUGAUGGCACGGGGAAAAGGGGCAAGCCUUUUUAAUGUUAGUUUGUUUUUGGAGUGACUAAGGAAGAAAUAGUAUGUUUAUUUAAUUUCAGACACCUUUUUCACUUUAGACAAGCUUAUUUUGGUGAUUAGUGGGGUUUUAGUUUAAAUCCCUGUCCUAAUCGUUUGGAACGGGUUUGCCCGUCCAAAGGUGAUGUUUAGUGCAGAGAUGUAGUGAAAAUUAUAAAUUGUGGCUACCCUAAUUAGAGAAAUCUUUUUUGUGGACUAUUAACAUUGCUGUACAGAAAUAAUGAUCAUUUAGUUUGGUAAGUAAUUCUACAGAAGCAAAUGAUAAUUUUGUAUAGAUUGUCAUUUUUACAUGAUAAAAAUAAAUCAAUGAUUAUUUUAUUUAUUUUUGGACAAAAUAUUUGUCGUUAUGUUUUUAAUUUUUUGAUUGUUGUAGUUCUUAUUUAUUUGUUUAUGGGAUUAAUGUUUCUAGAUGGGAAUAAUUUUAUCUUUUGCAUUCACAUAAAAAUGAAGAUAAAGUUAUCUCCAUCUUGAAGAGAAAUAUUAAUCCUUUUUUUAUUUAUGCAUUUUGAAUCUUACUUUUUUAUCUAUUUGUUUGUUUCUACUUUAUAUUCCCUUUAGUUUCAAUCAUUAUUGAUCAGAACAGGUUUUUACAACUGGGCCGAUCAUGUGAUCUUUCUCUACACAAAUGGCCUGGAAUUUCUUUAGGUCAGAGCAUCUUGCAGUUUGGAGCAGCUUUAACCCAUGUGACUUCAAUGGAACAAGAGGGGGGGUGUACCUGCAAGACACUCUGAAGCUCAAAUCAGAUUUGGUUCAAGCAGGUUUAAUUAUGUAGAAGAAGAUGUGUACCUUUGUGUUAAUAUGUAUGUAUUUACAGUGGAGAGAUGAGCAGCUUUGCAAGUGGUGAGACAUACUUGGAGAUGAAGUAUUCAGAAGGAUAAAGCUUUCAAUGUUGAGAAGCUUGUUGUCUUGUGGUCUUUAAGAUUGAGGAACUUGUUGUUAUAGGCUUUUAAUAUUGUGCAGCUUGAUGACUGUUAUGAGCUU